GACUUCCGAGUCAAAAACUUUUAAGAUCCUCACUGCGCUCCGCCGGCCCUCCUUCCUCUCUGCCUCCUCACCACCGCGGCCGAUAUCGGAUACGAGCCAGCUGACUCGUCUAUGGCAGUGCCGGCGUUCAUGACGGGCAUAUCCAUAUCUCUAUUUAGUGUCUUCAACGCACUCCUGAUAGGCGCCGGAUGCUUUGCCUUGGGGUUCCUCCUCGCCCAAAGGGAGACCAAGGGCUUCUUCCCGUUUUUGUAUAUUUGGACCAAAGACUUAACGAACAGGAAGAGGGCGGUCGACGAAGCUCCCAACGAUCCGAGGAAUUUGAACAGGGUCACGGUGAAGAAGCCGACCCUCGAGAUUGAAAACCUUGCUGAAAUCAUUGAAGACUUCAAAAUGGUUUUGGUUGUUAGAAAUGACUUGAAGAUGGGAAAAGGCAAGAUUGCUGCCCAGUGCAGGUAUGUUAAUAAUGCUUAGUGACAAAGAGGUUCUGCAGUCAGAGCCUGUCCUUGAUGUUUAAAGGCCCCGGUGAAACUAUAAAUUAUGCCCCAAUUUUAUCUUCCGAACACUGCUUCUUCCAAAAAGAAACUUUUACAUCAUCCAUCAUAGAAUAUGUACAUCUACAAAAAAAAAAAACACAGCGGUAACUCAUUUAAAGUGCCUUCGUGAUGCACUUUUAAAGGUAAAAUCAUCAAUAAUAGCAUCAUAUUCAAUGUUUUUCAAAAUAUUCUUUUCAAUGCAUAAAAUUGCUAAUCCAUUUAACCUAUCUUGAGUUGUGGUCUGUAAAUAAGAUUUUAUUCAUUUUAAUUUUGAAAAUCAUUUUUCGGUAGAUGCCACUGUCACGGUUAUUGUCAAAUAAUAUCCUAUAAGCAAUCAUCACAUUUGGAAACAUAUCCAUUGUUUUUUAAAACUCUAAUAUUUGAAUGAAAGACCAUUUUUUUAUUUGUUUCAUAAAAUUCACUUGGUAACAUUACUUGCAAAACUUGUAGUUCUGAAAACAUAUGUUUUGCAUCAAUAUCAGAAGUGCCACCAUGUCUUAAAGUAUUUUCAAGAUUCACACGAGAACUCAUCAAUUUAUCAUCAUCCAAUGAAACUAAUUUUGCAACAUUAUACAAGAACCCAAAUAUAGAUUCAAACUAUUGCAACUGUUCAAACUUACUAUUCAAUUACCCAAGAUUAAUAUCGACGCUAAGAUAAAAUAAUCUAUUUGAAAAGAUUAUUCUAGUGAUUGAUUUUCCCUUUCAGUGUUAGCAAUCUCAUCAAAAUGACUCUUUCUACAAAUUUUAUGUUUUGUAGGAAAUACAUGCUCAAUUUCCAUAUCAGAUGUUAUUUUAUGCAUCAACCAUAGCAGAAGUAAAACCAUUUACU